GAGCUGCUUCACGUCUGCUGUGUGCCAGUGAGUUAGGUGUUGAGAAUGGCCUCCUGGUUGAGUCAAGAGCACUUGGAGAUGGCUAAGUAAUAUAGCUCGAAGCUUUGAGGGCACCAUACAUUAUUAAAUGUUGAGUCAGUCACCGGGAGAAGCCGACGUUUUCUUUAAUUUUAGUUACUUUCUUUUUGACCUUGCUGUUGUGGCUGCUUUCUGAGGAAAGGCCAGCUGGAAGAAGUUUCUAAGAAGUGACACCUCCAUAAGGGGGGCAGAGAACAGAGACUUACUGUCCCACGGAGCUCAGCCACAGCCUCACUAUGAAUCUGAUGCUCUAUGCCCAGGUCUCUGUGGCUGGGCUGCUCCAGCCUGGCGGACAGCAUGCCUUCGCUGCGAUGCCUGUAUAACCCAGGGACUGGCGCACUCACAGCUUUCCAGAAUUCCUCAGAGAGAGAAGACUGUAAUAAUGGCGAACCCCCUAGGAAGAUAAUACCAGAGAAGAAUUCACUUAGACAGACUUACAAUAGCUGUGCCAGGCUCUGCAUAAACCAAGAGACAGUAUGUCUGACAAGCACUGCUAUGAAGACUGAAAAUUGUGUGGCCAAAACAAAACUUGCCAAUGGCACUUCCAGUAUGAUUGUGCCCAAGCAGCGGAAGCUCUCAGCAAGCUAUGAGAAGGAAAAGGAACUGUGUGUCAAGUAUUUUGAGCAGUGGUCAGAGUCUGAUCAAGUGGAAUUUGUAGAACACCUUAUAUCCCAAAUGUGUCAUUACCAGCAUGGGCACAUCAACUCCUAUCUAAAGCCUAUGCUGCAGAGGGAUUUCAUAACUGCUCUGCCAGCACGGGGUCUGGACCAUAUUGCUGAGAACAUUCUGUCGUACUUGGACGCCAAAUCACUGUGUGCUGCUGAGCUUGUGUGCAAGGAGUGGUACCGUGUGACGUCGGAUGGCAUGUUGUGGAAGAAGCUCAUCGAGAGAAUGGUCAGGACGGACUCUCUGUGGAGAGGCCUGGCAGAGCGCAGAGGGUGGGGACAGUACCUAUUCAAAAACAAGCCUCCUGAUGAGAACGCUCCUCCCAACUCCUUUUAUAGAGCACUUUAUCCUAAAAUUAUACAAGAUAUUGAGACAAUAGAAUCCAAUUGGAGAUGUGGACGCCAUAGUUUACAGAGAAUCCACUGCCGGAGUGAAACAAGCAAAGGGGUUUACUGUUUACAAUAUGAUGACCAGAAGAUAGUGAGCGGCCUUCGAGACAACACAAUCAAGAUCUGGGAUAAAAGCACAUUGGAAUGCAAGCGAAUUCUCACAGGCCACACAGGCUCCGUCCUGUGUCUCCAGUAUGACGAGAGGGUGAUUAUAACUGGCUCAUCGGAUUCCACUGUCAGAGUGUGGGAUGUAAAUGCGGGUGAGAUGCUAAACACAUUGAUUCACCAUUGUGAAGCAGUUCUGCACUUGCGUUUCAAUAAUGGAAUGAUGGUAACCUGCUCCAAAGAUCGUUCUAUUGCUGUAUGGGACAUGGCCUCCCCAACCGACAUCACCCUAAGGAGGGUGCUGGUGGGACACCGGGCUGCGGUCAACGUUGUAGACUUUGAUGACAAGUACAUCGUUUCUGCAUCUGGAGAUAGAACCAUAAAGGUAUGGAACACGAGUACUUGUGAAUUUGUAAGGACCCUAAAUGGACACAAACGAGGCAUCGCCUGUUUGCAGUACAGAGACAGGCUGGUGGUGAGUGGCUCAUCUGACAAUACUAUCAGACUGUGGGACAUAGAAUGUGGGGCAUGUUUACGAGUAUUAGAAGGCCAUGAGGAACUGGUGCGCUGUAUUCGAUUUGAUAACAAAAGGAUCGUGAGUGGGGCCUAUGAUGGGAAAAUUAAAGUGUGGGAUCUUAUGGCUGCUUUGGACCCCCGUGCUCCUGCAGGGACGCUUUGUCUACGGACGCUUGUGGAACAUUCUGGAAGAGUUUUCCGACUCCAGUUUGAUGAAUUCCAGAUUGUCAGUAGUUCACAUGAUGAUACAAUCCUCAUCUGGGACUUCCUAAAUGAUCCAGCUGCCCACGCUGAACCACCCCGCUCCCCUUCUCGGACAUACACCUACAUCUCCAGAUAAAUAGCCCAACCCUGACCUCAUACUUGCCCGGGACUCGUUAAUGUUGCAGUAUUUAACAUACCUGCCAAGACCAGGAUGAACAACAACAAUCACACUCCUACCCGGAUUCCCCGGAUGGAUCAGCGAGGAGCAGGGCUUUGAGACUCCUGUUGGGACAGUCGGUCAGCAGCUGACCAGGACGGUCUGCUCGGCACACCCGGCUGCUUCCGUGCUGCUAUCAGAGGAUGUCUUUAUCUUGUGUGAAUGAUUGGAACUUUUAAGCCUCCCUUCCCACUCCCUUCCCCCUCCUCCUGCACCUGUUUCUCUCCCAUUGGGUUCCAGACAAAGAUGACUUAUAAAUAUAUUUAGUGUUUUGCCAGAAUCUCUCUUGCUUUGCCAUUAAGCAGAAGAACUAGCUUCCCCAUCUGGCCUACUUCUAGGGGACAGGGGCUGCAACUUCCAGGCAGAGAAUGCCUGGCCUCUCCCUGUUGCCUGCAGGAGUGCCCAGCACCUGGCCAGAGCAGUCCAGGCCGCUGCGUAGGAGGAGACAGCUGCCUGCACACCUUAGAAGAGAGAGGGACACACACUGGAAGAUCUGUACCUGCUGCCUCCUCUCCUGUCUGGGUUUCUCUCCCUCCUCCCUUCUCCCUCCUCCCCUCCUCCAUCUUCAGCCUGAGAAGGUGUGUGCAAUGUCCUCAUCUAGCAUGAGGCAGAUACCUAGAAAAUGUGACACUUGGAAGAGUUUGAGUGUAUUGUAAUUUCCAGCCCAGGCUUUUGCUGCCAGUGACCCCCGGGGCAGCGGUGGAUUCGUGAACAUGACAUUCACCAUAUUUGCAGCUUUCUCGCUCCUCCGUCUCCGUGUCCAGGGGGAAGGACAGGAAUGUCCUGGGCACCAUCAGUGGUUGUGUUUGCUCUGGACUCAGCAGUCUCCUCGGUCCCAUGUAGAGUGGAAAGGAGCUGCUGAUUGCAUUUCCUCUCAUUAACAAUUAGAUGUGUAAUAAAAAGCAUUGUGCUUCAUCUUAAAUCACUGGCAAGGCUGGGCCUGCAGAAAGGCCUGGAAUGGCCAUCACCAGGCACCACUGCCCUCUGUACCGUGGCUCACAUCUGUUUCCUUGACUGAGCCAGAAAGCACCCAGGCACCCAUAACUGCCCAGACUGAGCACAGCAGCCUAAGACAUGGCCGGGAGAAAAGCGUCUCCUCCAUUUCAGCCAGCCAGGCUAACGUCUCAACCCAACCUUGCACUGCAGACCCUUCCUUCUGCUUCUCCCAAACCCAGUGUUUGCAGAAAGGCAAGGCUGCCACAAGGGAUCAGGGUGAAGUUUGGCACACAGGGUUACUAGUAAGCGGGAACUGCCUUCUCUUCCCUUCCUUCCCCGAGCCUUAUUUUGCUGUCCACUUUCCCCAGCCAGGAAACCCUGGCAGUCAGUGAAAACAUAAGCGGCUGGCCUUAUGGAAGGCAGCACUGGACCUCUGCCAGCAGGCUGUAAACGCAAAGGUUCUUGGCCAGCCCAGGAGCACUUGAACAGAGAACUCACCCCCCCACCAACAUGCUGGGCCUGUGAAGGGGUGGUUUAGGCAUACUCUUGGACCCGAGGCCACGGAAUGGCCUCAUUUUUUCCCUGGAAACCAAGCAGUCAGGCCCUCCUUGCUGUUCCUAACCAUGCAUUUUAAGAAAGCCAACCGAAGCAGCUGCUAUAAAAGCAGAAAUGGGGGCCAGUCACAAGUGACCUACAAGCCAGGCCACCUUCAUGUCAGCAGGAGAGGGAGAAGAAAGUGUCUUCAUUCUCUGGUUUGCAAGUUGUCCCUUGCCCAACAUGUCCCCUGAGUGAAUGCCAUUACAAGCUGAGUCAGGUCACAUGUGCGGUUUGCCUUUUCCUGUGUAACUGCAGUCUCAAGUUCUGUUUGAGAAAUAUCUCUGCGUACACAUUCUUCUUUCCUGACCACCACACGCUGCAGUCAUCUGGUUAGCCACUCUGAGCUCCUUGUCCAUCCCAUUGACUGUUAAUAGUGAAGGACUUUACUGGAAAACAAGUCAGAUGUAAAGAGACCGGAGCUGCUUCAAGAAACGGUCUGCUGGCCUUGCCUUGACUGGCCCUUGAGUUGUGUGCUGCCUAGGAAGUAGGAGCAGGAGGGCAUCUGCCUGUGUCUGCAGGCCCUGGGCUGGACGCCGGGGUUGGGGGCAGUGUGGGUACUUCUGCAGACAAAACCCUCGGUGCCAGGACUGCUCUCCUUCCCAAGGUUAGCCAAGGGGAAGUGCGGCCACCCGCUGUCCUUGGGCUCUGGUGGACCCUGCACAUGGAAGCCGUUAGUGCAGUUAGGCUUUUUCUCCAGGUUGUCCUCUACUGCUGCUGAAAACGGGAAUGAAGUUAAGUGGUCUGAGAAACUUGAAUCACAUUUCUCAGCUCUGGGGGUCAUUUACCAGUUCAUUGUAGAAGAAACAAUCAGGUAAGUAGAAGUUCAUUUCCAGAGAAGGUAAACCCCACUUACCAUCUCUGCAUGAUUUCAGUGGGAAUUGAUUAUCACCAAUCCCCAACUGGGCGAGAAUAAAUGUAAAGUUUGACCUUUUUAAAAAGAAAAGAGAAACAAAGAACAUCUCAACGCAUUUAAAGGAAUAGUAGACGAGAAACUGCAAGUGUCCUGUGGCUCUGAGUGUCCCCAUGAUCGGCUGGUCGGUCAGUCCCUCCCUCCCUCCCUCCCUCCCUCCCUCCCUCCCUCUCUCUCUCUCUCUCUGACUAAAAUCUACUUUUCCAAUGGUGGCUCGAAAGGCCUCUCCUACAGACUGCUGAGACAGGGUACCCUGUGACCUCUGUGUCACACUGGUGAUGUCUGGACAAGGCCAACCUGCCUUGCUGCGUAAGUGUGCACAGCUGUGUGUGUGUGUGUGUGUGUGUGUGUGUGUGUGUGUGUGUGUGUGUACACGUGCAAAUACAUGUUGUUGGUGCUGCUGCUGCUGGGACCAUCCUUUCCCUUGAAGUACAUUUGGAAAGUGGAUGUGAAUUAUGGAUGGGAAGCCUUUUACACUUGUCCCUUGGCUAAAUUCUUUCUGAUUUGUCCUAACUUUAGAGACAGAGACUGUCUGGCACUCUGUUGACAAGUAAUAAAGUCUGGCCCUCAUAGCUUGUUUUAGAACUGAAAUGACAUUGAGACUCCUAAAUCAUGAAAAAAAAACAUUUAUUUUUAGUGAUCCAAAGCUGGGCAGAAGGCUGCUUCGCACUCAUCCUGGAGGCUGGAGAUGAUGUACUUGUUUAGCGCCCGACUAAAGUGGAGAAUACUGAAAAUAAUUAGGCCAUGGUGGUGUUAAUUGUCUUAGCCUCUCCCUUUUGAGUCAGAUGUGAUACCUCCUGGAUCUGAGGCAGGCCCAUCUGGAUUAGUGCAGGCCUAUAGGCUAGGCACAAGUGUGUUCUAAAGGGGUAAAAUGAGGCAUGCAGGGACCCAGUCCCUGUGACUGCGUUCCGAGGGGUAGUGGUCAGUUUACAUUGUAAUUUUGAUCCACUCUAAUCUCCAUCCCCAUUUGGUUAAACUCAGCGGUUUGAAGUGCACGCAGAAACUUCCAGCAGGAUCAGCCCUAGUACUCACACACAUGGGUGACCUCUGGCAGUGCAGAGCCCUGCACAGUGAGCACAGGCGGCACCAGUGAGGCAGCCAUCUCAGGGGAAUACAGCUGAGGACAGAAACCAAAGCAGCACAACUGUGGCUGCCUGCCUGCAGGUGGAGACUGCAUUGCUGUCCAGAAACGCCUGCUGCUGACAGCCCUGUCUUCAAAACCAAAUAGUGCAGCGCUUGUACUCAGAAAUUUCUGGAGGCCGCUGACUUCCCAAAUACCUACUUCCCAACAGCUCAGCAUCUGGCUUAGUUUCUGAGUGUGGAUGGAGUUGGACAGAGACCGUGUGUGUCACCUCCCCUCCUAAGCUAUCCCCUAGGAUGCUGAAGGAAAAGUCCAACAAGCUAGCCCUCUGGGUACCAAGAAAGCUAAUACCUUCCCAAAGCAGUGAUCCUUGAGCCCUGGCAAACUUACAGAGGCGUCUGUGGACUCCAGCAGGGAACAGGCAACCCUGGCAACGAGUGUGAGCCAGAGUGCUUUUGGUCGUUUGCUCUUUGUUUCCUAGAUUCUCCAGUGCUGACUGCUUUAUUUUUGUGAUUAUGUUACAGUGAUGUGUAGUCAAUGUACCAAUGUGUUCACAAGCUACGACCAUGGUAAUAGAGUGUGUUUGGUUUUUUAACUGUUUGGGGGGGGAAAAGUAAAUUACAAAUACAAAAUUAAAGUGAA